GAGGGGUAGGGUAUAACUGGGGUCACUAGAAUCGAGCCUGUAUGUAACGUGCCAGUGCUUGUAGGAGAGGGAUGUGCUAGUAAGAUCCCGCAGUCUUGUGUCUUGGUGAAGAAGGAGGAUGACUCACCCUUUUGUAUGAAGAACACAAGGGUUGGUGUGAGGUUGGUGGCUGUGGAAACACCUGAGUGUGGUCAUGAGGGUAUUAGGGCUACUGCCACUGAAAAGGAGGCCGAGCUCAGGUGCCUUUACACUAACACAUGCAGCAUGGGUAAUAAACAGGAGGAGCUGGAGGCCAUUGUGUGGUCGGAAAGCUAUGAUACAGUCAUCAUCACGGAAACGUGCUGGAAUGACUAGCAGAGCUGGAGUGCUGUGAUGGAUGGCUACCGACUUUUCAAAAGAGACAGGCAAGGCAGGAAAGGCGGUGGUGUAACCCUCUAUGUUAAGAAAGAAUGUGAAUGUAUGGAAAUUAAUGAUGGUGAUGAUAGGGUGGAGAGCUUAUGGGUCAGAAUAAAAGCGAAGGCCAAUAAAACUGAUAUUAUCAUGGGCAUGUGCUACAGGCCAUCCAACAAGGAUGAAGAGGUGAGAAUGAAUCUGAGAAAUCCACCAGGGUGUCCACCAGGGCACGCUGGGAAUCCUAUGGCCAAUGCGGGGGAAAGGCAUUGUGACAUCACAGAGCAGGGCAUGACAUCAGACUUGGUCAAGUCACGCCGGCAGCCUCCCCCAGCUCAGACACUUGGAGCAGCCGCUCCGUCCUGGAGGUCACUGCUGGAGCUCUGCUGUGGGUGACAGCCAUUUGUGUGCAGAGAUUGUUCUUUGGGAGAGAACAGGAUGAAGUUCAGCCUGACUCUCUUCCUGGCCAUGGCUCUGAGCAUGUCUCCAUUUGCGGGACGUGGCCCAGGCUGUCCCAGCUAUCUCAGCUGGGUCUGCAGUUGUGACCAAAAGGUCCUUCCUGAGGAGGAGCAUCGGGUGGAGACCAACAGCCAGACCUCCACCUGGCGCUGCAGGCUAGGCCUAAACUCCUGCCCGGUCAGGAUCGAGGACAGGAAGAACAACCCAGUCCUUCCUGAGAAGCAGCCUGUGGAGGAGACCAAGAGCCAGACCUCCACCCGGCGCAGCUGGUUCGGCCUAACCUCCUGUCCCAUCAGGGUCGAGGACAAGAACAACAAUGAGAUCCUUCCUGAAGAGCAACCUGUGGAGGAGACCAAGAGCCAGACCUCCACCUGGCGCUGCUGGUUUGGCUUAACCUCCUGCCCCAUCAGGACCAAGGACACGAACACAAACCAGGUCCUUCCAGAGGAGCAGCCUACAGAGAAAACCAAGAGCCAAACCUCAUACUGGUCCUGCUUGCUUGGCUCUUCCCAGUGUCCCAUAUGGGUCUGGUACAAGGGCAGCAAAGUUGCUGUUCCACAAGGCCCAAAGCAGCAGUCCCCGGGCACCAAGCAGAAGGCCUACAGCUUGCCUGGCAUCCUGGGCCACCUUUGGGACUACCUUAUGCAAAGCGGGAGAACCUGGCUCCUUACAGCUCCCUUGACAAUUUUCUCCAUUCUCUGGCUGCUGACAACUGCCCGUGCCCACUGGAGAAGAUUAAGAAGACCUCGGGGACAGGGAGCGGGACAAGCAGAUCCAGCUUCCUCAGGAACAGAGGAAACGGACAACCUAAAUGCUCUCGACCUGCUCUGCCAGAUGGACGCCUACAUAACCCUAAUGGAGAGACUUAUGACGAUCCUCAUGCAGCACCACGUGAAAAAUGUCAGGAGCCAGCAGUGCAGGAAGACGGUGCACAGCACGGGGGACAGGAAGAGCCCCUCCACAGACUCCUGAGGGAGCUGGCAGAGGUGACCGCUGAGCCGCUUUCGGCUGUCUACCAACAACCACAAGAGACCCCCACCACCCCAAGAGCGUGGUACAACAUGGUAGUAAUUUCUCAGGAUUCCAGCCGGUUUUCUUGGAAUGUAACAAAUAUGUCUAUGUUAUGUCUUUAACUAUAUAACCACUGCUGUUCUCGGUGUGUGAGUAAGGAGGUGAUAUCCCCCUCGCACACGGUGCCACAAUAAACAUACCUACUUUAAAAUCUUA